CAAGGUCGGCAUACGUCACCCAACGGUCGCUUUCACCCGCGGACGCUUCGCAGGCUGCGCUACGGCAGUCUCAUUUGCUGCUCUGACGCCAAGCAGACAGGCUCAACGGUCGUUUUGAUGCACCUGGAUGCCGCGAACGGCUCUACGUCAUUCAAGAGGGCUCGCACAAUGAGCACACCUAACACAGACGAUACCGAUGGCGAGGCAGGUAGACCUUUUCAGCGCGAGCUAUCGCAGACGACAGAGAGUGCCCGCUUUCAUCGGCCCAAUGACAACGAACGGCCGUCUGCCCUCGAACAGCGAAUGACAUUGGAGUCGCUCGAGCCGGAACAGAGUCUCGCUCUUGCCCAGGAGGCAGGACAGCCCCAUUUUCUCGUACCAAAAGAGUGGUGGGUUCAGUAUCAGAACUACCUGAGUGGCGAUGGACCAGAACCUGGCCUGAUGGACUUGUCGUUGCUUGAAGAGGAGGAAGGCACAGAUGAGCUCAAAGCUGAUUUGACCGCGGAUGACUAUAUCUCCAUCUCUGGUGUCGACUUUUGGAGUCAGUUGCAGCAGUGGUACGGAGAGGAUGGGCUUCAGAUCAAGCGACACGCAGUGGCUACCGAGGGAGGUGCCUUUGAGCUCGAGUUGCAUCCUGCCAAGUUCCAUUUCAGCUACUACACACCGCCUGACAAGUUCACGGAUGUACGGACUUUGCGCAUGUACAGCCAUAAAGACGUGGACGGCCUGUAUGAAAAAGUCAAGCACAUGUUCCAAGUUCCGGAAGACCACCAGAUCCGGUUUUGGCAUACAUCUUCCAAUGGGUUGGCCAAGCUGGAACAUCUGAAGAGCGCCAUCACGCGAACACACGACAACUCGACGGUUGGCAAAGUUACGGAUGGCUCCAACUUCCUGAUCGUUGAAAGUCGAGCGAGCGGCAGAGACAAAUGGCCCCUGGACACGGUAUCAAAAGAGAAGGCAAAGCCACAGCGCGUAGCUGGCACCAAGGGGCUUGUCAAUCUAGGCAAUACUUGCUACAUGGCUUCGGCGCUUCAAUGCUUGAGUCAUAUCAAAGAGCUCACAGAGUACUUUUUGUCCACCUACUAUCAGGAAGAGCUCAACACCGAUAACCCACUCGGCUACAAUGGUCAGGUCGCAACAGCUUUUGCCAGACUACUCGAGCAGCUCUACAAUGACGACAAUGGCCGUGCAGUACGCCCUGCAGAGCUCAAAAGCGUCCUUGGCAACAUUAAUCAAAGCUUUGGCGGCUAUCAGCAGCAAGACUCGCAAGAGUUGCUCGCCUUUCUACUUGACGCGCUACAUGAAGAUCUCAACCGCAUAGUCAAGAAGCCAGCAACAGAGCGACCUGACAUUGGCAAGGUGAAUGACGACGAGCUGUUGCAGCUUGGCGAGGAAGCCUGGCGUCUUCACAAAAUGCGCAACGACUCUGUCAUUGUUGAUUUGUUUCAGGGUGUCUACAAGAGCACAUUGGUGUGCCCGGUAUGCGCACACGUCAGUGUAACCUUUGAUCCAUUCUCGGAUCUAUCCCUUCCCUUACCGUUCCAGUCAUACUGGACACAUGAUGUUUUCUUUGUACCCCUCCAAGGUCCUCCGGUAAAGAUCAACCUCGAGUUUGACCAAAAUGCAUCCAUUGGUCAUCUCAUCGCAUACUUCUCCAAGCGCUUCGGUAUCCCCACCGACCGAAUCACCGGAGCUGAAAUUUGGAAAGGCAAAAUUUACAAGGCUUAUUUCAACUACAUGCCAGUGACUGUCAUCGAGACUGCUGACGUCGCCUACUUCUACGAAUUAUCUAAACCUGACCCUCGCCUUGACAAGGAGAGCAAGUCUCUACUCUUGCCCGUCUACACUUUCAAGUCGGAUCGCAAGCAAGUCGCAUCAAGCCAUCCAGAGCCAGCUGAACAUCCAUUCCUAGUCAUCAUGGAUGAAGCGGAGAGCUGCAGUAUCCCAGCCAUUCAGCAAAAGCUUCUCGCGCAAUAUGCACGCUUCACAACCUCAACAGAUUUGACGACCACCGAAUUUGCUGAUGAAGAGGAGGACGAAGGCUUUGCCAGUGAUGAUGACGAAUUGACUAGGCCGGCUGCACCAAACAAGCCUGCGUUUCCAUUCACCGUCAAGGUGGGUCAAUACAAGGGCACUACGUAUGGCGGUCCACGACCUGAGCCGCUCAGCUCGCGCCGUAAACCCCGUGCAUUGCCACCUAGACCGCCAAGGAGGAACCUCAUUAUGCCUGAGAGCGAUUCUCUGCCGCCUUACUCUGCCGGCUCGAUUGGUCCCUCGCCCAUUUCAGAUGUUGAUACAGAUUCUGGCAUGAAAGAUGCGUCAGACGAGGAGAAUCCUGCGGUCAAGAACAGUUUACUUGUUGAGCAGUACUUUAUCACGCCAGAAAUUGAACCCGAUACUGUGGAUGUUACCCUGGAUGCUCAAGACGAUUUGCUUGGCACAUCCGAUCCUCCCACUGACUUCAGUGCGACAGGAGCACUUGCAGAUCUUCCAUCUGACACGGCGAUGGCAGAUCCAGAAGCUGAGACAGAGGCUGUUGCGGAAGCUUCUCCAGCAAUGCCGCUUUUACGAAAUGGUGAUGCGUUCUUUUGCGAGUGGCCCGUUGACAUCUACGAACAAAUUUUCUCUAAUGACCCAGAGUCCAUUGGCGGUCAAUCACUUUGGGAAAAGUUUGAUGAGCAGCAUGACGAAGCGAUGGAUGCUCAACGCUUGCAACGCGAGGCUACCAAGGACAAAGUCAAAAGCCUUGAAGAUUGUCUAGACGAGUUUGCGAAAGAGGAACCCCUUGAUGCCGAGAAUACGUGGUAUUGUCCCAAGUGCAAGGAGCACCAGCGUGCCAACAAGACAUUUGAGCUCUGGCGCACGGGUGAUAUUCUUGUAUUUCAUCUCAAACGGUUCAGCAGCUCUCGGUCGUUGUCUGACAAGAUUGAUGCUGAGAUUCGUUUCCCGGUGAAGGGUCUUGAGUUGAAUGAUCGCCUUGGAGAACGUCGCUUACGACUCUCCAAGGGAGAGAAAAAUCUCGAAAACAGUAUAUACGACCUCUGCGGUGUUGUCAACCACUACGGCGGUCUCGGUGGUGGCCAUUACACAGCAUUUGCUCAAACAUUCGAUGACGGCAACUUCCACAACUUUAAUGAUUCUUCUGUUAAUGCUAUGGAUGCAAACAACUUGGUGUCUUCUUCAGCAUACCUGCUAUUUUAUCGAAGGCGUGCCGAUAAGCCGCUCGGCGGUGAGCUCUACAGCAAGAUUGAGCAGCAUGCCGAGCAGCGUCUGGUCAAGCAACAAAGCGCAACAGCAUCCCUCAACUUGAUUCGGCAGCGAGACUCGUCUGUGCCCCUUGCUUCAGCGCCUUCUUCGUUGUCGGACAGUUCGAAUGAAGCACGACUUGAACCACUGUUGCAUGUCCCCUUCUCUGGUCCGGGAAGACAGCUCGGAGGUACGUAUGGUGAUGUGAAGGCGCCCCUUGCACAAGUCGCCUCGAACCCUUUCGGCACGUCAACGUGGGGAUCUGGCCUGGCAAACAACUCGUGGACGCUGCAGGCUGCGUCUGAUGAUAGCUCGGAGAGACCCAACAGUGCGACUGGCAGUGACAAGGAAUGGAACGAGGAUUCCAAAGCAUAGAGAUCUGUAGAGAUCAGCUGCUACCUGCGUAGCAUAUUUCUCUGCAGCAUACAGUCAAG